UCGGGCUUUGACGCGGUACCUCAGAGCGGAAGUGAUGCCGUCGAACCGAAAGCUGUCCCACGUGUUUUUGUUUGUUGUUGAAAAACGAAUAUAAUGAAGUGGAGUAGAUAUACCUGAGGUCGGUUUUAUUUGAUAUCGCAUUUUACGCUGCUAAUGUUGAAAAUUCUGCCUUAUUUAAUGAGCAUAAAGUGAUGCCGGUGCUUUGAUUCUGAAGGGCAUCGUAUCCUGUUGGUUAGCAGCAGCUACUGUUUCAUUAAUAAUUAGAUUUUUAAUAAAUAAAUAAAUAAUCUGUUAAAAGCCACAUAAAUUGUCGAUAUGAACCAUGUAACUAGAUUUUUUAGGCCAGCAAAAACCGACAAACCGUCUUAAAAUGAUUUAAGGUUCUGAUUUUUAUUGGGGGAUAUAUGAGCAAGUUAUUAAAAGCAAAUAUGCAGGCAUGGAAAACAAGUAUCCAAAUACUCCUAGCGUCCAAUCGAACUGGGAUUAGAUGUUGCUCAGCAGGGCUGAAGGACUUGCAUUUCACACAACGUGAAGCCUAUAGCUGCACAAGAGCGCUGUUUUGUCCGAGAGACAGUGUUUCGAAGUCAGGGGAGAGAUUUAACCCUAGCAAACUCAAAAAGCAGUCCAAGCAGCAUAAAUACGCCUCUGCCAGAGAGGACCUUUCCAGAUCGGCAAAGACGCAGAAGGGAAAAUUGUCAUCAGAGCUUCAGAAACUGAGGUUCGAGGAUUUCAGCGAGUCAGAAAGAGGACGGGCUCUGAGGCAUGCCGGAAAAGAAUCGGAGUUAAACGAAGAUGAACACUUGGAGAUCGUGUUCGGCGUGGCCCCGUGUCUGCUGGCCCUCACGCAGAACCGGAGGAGGCCGAGUCGUCUGUUCGUGAAGAGCGGGGACGGGCCGCAGAGAGACACGCUCUUGAGGGUCUGUCAGGAGGCCCUCAGGCGGGGGGUGCAGGUACAGAGGGUCAGUAAGCCAACACUGGAUAAGAUGUGUGGUGGGAAGGUGCACCAGGGGUUGUGUCUGCAGGCCAGUCCUCUUGAGUUCGCCACCGAGGAAAAACCAGCGAGAUCUCCAGAGGUGAAGAAUCACCGGGCAUUAUGGCUGGUUUUGGACGGAGUGCAGGAUCCAAUGAAUCUCGGUGCCAUUUUGAGGUCUGCAUAUUUCCUGGGAGUGGAUCGAAUUGCCAGCAGCAUCCAUGACAGCUGUCCUCUGACGCCCACAGUGAGUAAAGCCAGUGCAGGUGUGAUGGAGGUCACCCAGGUGUUUGGAUACAGCAGCUUGAAAGAUAUGAUUAAGGUGAAAGCAGAAGAAGGUUGGCAAGUAGUUGGUACUGUUGGGUUAGAAGAAAGCAGUCCUAAGUCCACAGUUCUGCCAUGUUCAGAUUUCAAGAUGUCCAGACAUACACUACUGUUAAUGGGUGGAGAAGGUGACGGUCUUUCUCCAGAACUGCGUCAGAUGUGUGACGUCCUGCUCACCAUCCCUCCACGCAGAAACCUGCACCCUGGGGUAGAAUCUCUCAAUGUGUCUGUAGCCACAGGCAUUCUGCUGCACUCUCUUCUGUCCACACGCACAGGAAGCUGAUGAUGAUGAUGAUGAUGGCAUCAACGACAAGGCAGCAGCAUUAUUUACUCAGACGUCUCUCAUUAGCCCCCUACAGUGAUUAAUGACUGGAUUACUUCAUCAAUUAACAGUCUGAGUGUCUGGAGAAGCUCAUUGAUCAGAUAAAGAGAGGCUGGAGAUUCAUUCCGGACCAGUUACUGACUAUGACCACCUUGUUUAAGACAAGACCUCACUACACGGGGUCACCGGCGGGAAACUGAAUUUUAUAAACAGAGGCGUAACGUUUUAAUUAUUAAUUUUCUUCAUGAAGGAGAUUAGUUCACGUGCUUUAUUAACUACAAGCUACAUGGACUGAUGAGAAGCUACGCUAAAUAUAGAUGAUGUUCAUAUAUUUGAAACAGCAUGGAUUAAACGGUACAAUACAAACAAA